GCAUUCCUCCAGGUGGCACGGAGGAUACCCAGCCAGCUGGACAACUUUCUUAUAAAGGUCGACACCAAGACCUGAGGAUGAACAAGCACCGGUGGAGCCAACUUCUAUAAAAUGGAGUUCGCCUCUGUUUUACCUACUAAUGUGGCGCUUCAGUUUAACGAGACGACGGUGGAAUAUGACGAUGGAGAUGACCCGGACGCUGUCACGUUGCUGUCCAUAUUGCUUGUCGGUAUAUUCCUAUCGCUGCUAAUAUUCCUAAGUGUUGCUGGGAACAUACUGGUUUGCAUCGCUAUAUACACGGAUCGAGGUUUGCGACGCAUCGGCAACCUAUUCCUUGCAUCGUUAGCUAUCGCUGACAUGCUUGUAGCAGCCGCUGUCAUGACAUUUGCUGGAGUAAACGAUUUGCUUGGAUACUGGGUCUUCGGCGAGCAAUUCUGCGACACCUGGGUAGCAUGUGACGUCAUGUGCUCAACUGCCUCCAUUCUCAACCUGUGCGCAAUCUCGCUCGACAGAUACAUACACAUCAAAGACCCUUUGAGGUACGGACGCUGGGUAACUCGACGAGUAGCAGUGGCAACUAUAGCCAUGAUCUGGCUCCUAGCUGGUCUGGUGAGCUUCCUACCCAUAUCGCUGGGGCUACACAGGCCUGAUGAAGAGGCUCUGGCAACCCAAAAGCCUCCCAGAUACCCCACGUGUGCUCUAGUGCUGACUCCGACUUAUGCUGUCGUAUCCAGCUGUAUAUCCUUCAUUCUGCCAUGUAUAGUGAUGAUAAGUAUAUACUGCAGGCUAUACUGCUACGCCCAGAAGCACGUGAAGUCUAUCCGGGCCGUAACUCGAACGGUUCAAAUGCCGGACAACCGGACGAAGUCGGUGCGAACGCGGGUCCAUACACACGUACAUUCGUCCCCCUACCAUGUGUCUGACCAUAAAGCGGCCAUCACCGUCGGCAUCAUUAUGGGAGUCUUCCUCCUAUGCUGGGUGCCAUUCUUCUGUGUUAAUAUCGUCGCUGCGUUCUGUAAAACGUGUAUACCAGAUCUGGCGUUCAAAAUCCUGACGUGGCUCGGAUACUCAAACUCGGCGUUCAACCCUAUAAUAUACUCGAUAUUCAACACAGAAUUUCGGGAAGCAUUCAAGAAGAUAUUGACGUCUAGGUACCCACCGUGUUGUGGCUACCAAAGUGUUAGGGCCAACACACCAACGAGGAAUGAUAACUUCGUAACUGACUACGGUACUAAGACUUUAGUGGUACGCCGGAGCGGGUCUCUUGGCUUAUCAGGUGUAGAUCCUACUCCAAGGUCAUCAGCCGAGUCAGUUCGACCACUCAGAGAGUACCACAUUUGACAAGAAGACGGCAACAGCAACAACGGGCUGCUGGACAAAAGCGACGUGGUUUGAACGCCCGAAGACUGGUAUGGGAUAAAAAAUGUAUUUGCACAAUGCAUACAAAAGGCCGUCUCUAUAAGGAACGCAAGCGGCGCGCUUGACAUCAAUUUAUUUUGCUUUACCACCUCUAAUGGCGGAUUUGGUCAGUCGUUGAUCGACACUCGUCGGGUAAAGACAUCUUGAGAGUUCUGAGAUGCAUGUUUAAAAUUAUAUAAGUCUUGAAAAAUGCGCCGUCUUUUGUGUGAAUUGUGAUAUUAAUGUAUGAAAACAUUAUUAAGAUAAAUCUUGCGAAGGUUUAUUAAUAUUGGCGCUUCGAAGCCAUUGAAUUAGAAUAGUUACGUGUCAUAGCAUUUUAUGUCUAUCAUUACAUUCGCAUGUUCAAAAACAUUCAUAUCAUUAUCGUGUAAAAAAUAUUUAUAUAGCAGUGUAAUAGAGAUAAUGUAUUAAAGAGAUACAAUGCUACUUAAUUAAAGAAAAGCAUUUCAUAAUAUAGUCUCGUAGCUUGUAGUAGAACAGUUUUUGUUUGUUUUCUUCCU